AUGCAGCCCUGGCAGUGCCUCCGGCGCUUUGCCCUGGCCUGGUGGGAGAGGACAGCUGAGGGCAGCUCCCGAUCUCCCAGGGAGGAGGCUGGACCGAAGGACCCUGGGGGCCGAAGGGAGCCAGAUCCCGAGCGGAGCAGCCCCCCCAUGCUGUCUGCAGAUGAUGCGGAGUACCCGCGAGAGUACCGGACCCUGGGGGGCGGGGGCGGCGGGGGCGGCGGGGGCCGGCGCUUCUCUAACGUGGGGCUGGUGCACACGUCCGAGCGCCGGCACACGGUGAUCGCGGCCCAGAGCUUGGAGGCGCUCAGCGGGCUCCAGAAGGCGGACGCCGACCGCAAGCGCGAUGCCUUCAUGGACCACCUGAAGAGCAAGUACCCCCAGCACGCCCUGGCCCUUCGCGGUCAGCAGGACAGGAUGCGGGAGCAGGUUGGCGGCUGGACCGUGGACCCCGUGUGCCUUCUCAGCUCCCUCUGCUCCCACCUCCACGGCGACUCCGCCCCCUCCGGGGCUGGCCAGCCGGCCCAGCAGCCAAACUACUGGAGUUUCAAGACCCGCAGCGCACGCCACACUCAGGGAACCCAGCCCGGGCUGGCAGACCAGGCGGCCAAGCUGUCCUACGCCUCAGCGGAGUCGCUGGAGACCAUGUCGGAGGCCGAGCUGCCUCUGGGCUUCAGCAGGAUGAACCGCUUCCGACAGAGCCUGCCCCUCUCCCGCUCAGCCAGCCAGACCAAGCUGCGAUCGCCAGGGGUGCUGUUCCUGCAGUUCGGGGAAGAAACUCGGCGGGUGCACAUCACGCACGAGGUCAGCAGCCUGGACACGCUGCACGCACUCAUCGCGCACAUGUUCCCGCAGAAGCUCACCAUGGGCAUGCUUAAGUCGCCCAACACCGCCAUCCUCAUCAAAGACGAGGCGCGCAACGUCUUCUAUGAACUGGAGGAUGUUCGGGACAUCCAGGACCGCAGUAUUAUCAAGAUCUAUAGGAAGGAGCCACUUUACGCUGCUUUCCCUGGCUCACACCUCACCAACGGGGAUCUCCGGCGAGAGAUGGUGUACGCCUCGAGGGAGUCGUCGCCGACGCGGCGCCUCAACAACCUGUCGCCCGCACCGCACCUGGCGUCCGGCUCGCCGCCGUCCGGGCUGCCGUCCGGGCUGCCGUCGGGCUCCCCGUCGCGCUCGCGCCUCUCCUACGCCGGGGGGCGCCCGCCCUCCUACGCCGGCAGCCCGGUGCACCACGCGGCCGAGCGGCUUGGGGGCGCCCCGGCUGCGCAGGGCGUCAGCCCCAGCCCCAGCGCCAUCCUGGAGCGGCGCGACGUGAAGCCGGAUGAGGACCUGGCGAACAAGGCGGGCGGCAUGGUGCUGGUGAAGGGCGAGGGCCUCUACGCCGACCCCUACGGGCUGCUCCACGAGGGCCGCCUGAGCCUGGCCGCGGCGGCCGGCGACCCGUUCGCCUACCCGGGUGCCGGCGGCCUCUACAAGCGCGGCUCCGUGCGCUCGCUCAGCACCUACUCGGCCGCCGCGCUGCAGUCCGACCUCGAGGACUCACUGUACAAGGCGGCGGGCGGCGGCCCUCUCUACGGGGACGGCUACGGCUUCCGCCUGCCGCCCUCGUCGCCGCAGAAGCUGGCCGACUUGGCAGCGCCGCCCGGAGGCCCCCCGCCGCCUCACAGUCCCUACUCCGGGCCGCCCAGUCGCGGAUCACCGGUGCGCCAAUCCUUCCGAAAGGACUCGGGCUCUUCCGUCUUCGCAGAGAGCCCCGGAGGCAAAACCCGCAGUACCGGGGGCUCCUCCACGGCCGGAGUCCCCCCUUCUGAGCUCUUCCCCGGGCCUGGGGAGCGUCCGCUCGUUGGGUUUGGGCCGCCUGUGCCAGCGAAGGACACAGAAACCAGGGAGCGCAUGGAGGCCAUGGAGAAGCAGAUUGCCAGCCUCACAGGCCUGGUGCAGAGUGCCCUACUACGAGGUUCGGAGCCCGAGACCCCCAGUGAGAAGAUAGAAGGCUCCAACGGAGCAGCUACACCCUCUGCACCCUGCGGGUCAGGUGGCCGGAGCAGCGGGGCCACUCCGGUGUCUGGCCCUCCCGCACCCUCAGCCAGCAGCACCCCUGCGGGACAGCCCAGUGCCAUCAGCCGUCUGCAGAUGCAGCUGCACCUGCGUGGUCUCCAGAACAGCACCAGUGACCUGCGCGGCCAACUUCAGCAAUUGCGGAAGCUCCAGCUACAAAACGUGGAGUCGUUACGCGCGCUCCUGAAGGGCACGGAGGCGGAGCUGAGCAUGCGCGUGUCGGAGGCGGCGCGGCGGCAAGAGGACCCGCUGCAGCGACAGCGCACCCUGGUGGAGGAGGAGCGGCUGCGCUACCUCAACGACGAGGAGCUCAUUACCCAGCAGCUCAAUGACCUGGAGAAGUCGGUGGAGAAGAUCCAGAGGGAUGUCUCCCACAACCACCGGCUGGUGCCCGGGCCAGAGCUGGAGGAGAAGGCGCUGGUGCUGAAACAGCUCGGGGAGACGCUGACUGAGCUCAAGGCUCACUUCCCAGGCCUACAGAGCAAGAUGCGGGUGGUGCUGCGCGUGGAGGUGGAGGCUGUGAAGUUCCUGAAGGAAGAGCCACAGCGCCUGGACGGGCUACUCAAGCGCUGCCGUGGGGUCACAGACAUGCUGGCCCAGAUCCGAAGGCAAGUGGACGAGGGAGUGUGGCCACCCCCCAACAACCUCCUGAGUCAGUCCCCCAAGAAGGUGACAGCUGAGACCGACUUCAACAAAAGCUUGGACUUUGAAUUGCCACCCCCUAGCCCUCCGCUAAACCUCCAUGAGCUGAGCGGGCCACCUGAGGGAGCCCCUUCUACCCCCAAGGGGGGCAACCCCACCAAAGGCCUGGACGCACCUGGCAAGAGAAGCGUGGACAAGGCUGUGUGUGUUGAGGCUGCCGAGAGGGACUGGGAGGAGAAGCGGGCAGCUCUGACCCAAUACAGCGCCAAGGACAUCAAUCGGCUGCUGGAGGAGACACAGGCAGAGCUGCUGAAGGCCAUCCCGGACCUGGACUGUGCGAGCAAGGCCCACCCAGGCCUGGCCCCCACCCCUGACCACAAGCCCCCGAAAGUCCCCCACAGCCAGAAGGCAGCCCCCCGAACGGAGCCCAGUGGGAGGAGGGGCUCAGAUGAGCUGACGGUGCCCCGAUACCGCACGGAGAAGCCCUCUAAGUCGCCCCCGCCACCCCCUCCCCGCCGGAGCUUCCCCUCUUCCCAUGGCCUGACCACCACACGCACUGGAGAGGUUGUGGUCACCAGCAAGAAGGACUCGGCUUUCAUCAAGAAGGCCGAGUCCGAGGAGCUGGAGGUGCAGAAACCCCAAGUGAAGCUGCGCCGGACGGUGUCCGAGGUGGCCCGCCCGGCCUCUACGCCCCCCAUCAUGGCCUCUGCCAUCAAGGAUGAGGACGACGAGGACCGCAUCAUCGCAGAGCUGGAGGUGUUUGAGAGAAGCUCAGUGCCUUCCCUCCCCCCUACGCCCCGCCGCCAGCCGAUCCCUACCUUGCUGUCCCCCCAGGACCCCGGGCCCCCUGGGGGCUCAGCCCCAGGUCCCACAUGGAAGAGUGGCGGUGGCAGUGUGCCACCCAUGAAGGUGGUGACUCCAGGGGCCUCCAGGCUGAAGGCAGCCCAGGGCCAGCCAGGCAGCCCCGACAAAGGCAAGCACGGCAAGCAGAGGGCCGAGUACAUGAGGAUCCAGGCCCAGCAGCAGGCCACUAAACCAUCUAGAGAGACCAGUGGGUCGAGCGAGACCUCAAGCCCAGUCUCAGAAAAGCCCUCGGCCUCCAGAACCUCUAUCCCUGUAUUGACUUCGUUUGGGGCGAGGAAUUCUUCCAUCUCCUUCUAGAAGCCCCCUCACACCUCCCCCCAGCCUGACCCCUCCCUGACCCCUGCCAUGUAUCUCCCUACACUUCCCUUCACCCCCAUCCCCCCAUUCUCCAGACCCUCCCCUGGGUGGGGUUGCCACACGUGUGGCCCUUCUCGCCUCUCUCUACUCAUUCCCUGUUGGUGUUUUUUCUUUUUUUUUAGUGAUUCACUUUUAAUCAUCUUUCUCUUUAAAAAAAAAAAAAAAGAACAAAACAGUGCAACUGAGAACCAAAACACACCACCUUCCUUUGAUUUCCUGUUCCCAAAUGGCCCACUUCCUGUCAUCUUCCCCCCCUUUUCUCUUCACUCUUCUGUCCAAGUCCAUGCUCAAGUUCCU